GGCAGCCCUCGUCCUUUCUACGCCCCGUGCUGUUCCCGCCGCGGUGUGCACCCGGGUUCCCCAGUUCGCGUGUCUCGGCCAUCCGCUCUGGGGCCCGCACUCUUGUACCUGCGGGCUUCCCAAUGCCGGGGUGCUGGUGCUGCGUAGACUCGGUGGCCUUCCUGGACGCAGGCUGUGGAGCGUGUGCGCGAACAGCUGCAGGCGGGAGGAAGCUGUGAUUCACAGAUCGGGUUCCUCACAUUUCUUCAAAAUGAAUGUUACUGUCCAUUUCCUAAGAACUUUUCCCAGGUUACUGGUGCCAUUUACUUUUGAUAGGAAGAGAAAGACUUUAUAUUCAACAAUUCUACAGAGAUGUAUGUCUUCCAAAGUACCUUCUUUGUCCUGUCAUAAUGACAGUACAUCCCCUUCUGAACAGCUGGAAUUGGAUGGGUGGAAAACUACAAUGAAAUCUAGCAUUCAAGGAGAUGGUGUUUCAACAGUUUCAGAUAAAGAUGAAGAUUCUCUAGCUGCCACCAGAGAAUUAAUUGAGAUGUGGAGAUUGCUUGGCAAAGAAGUACCAGAACAUAUUACUGAAGAACAAUUCAAAACCCUUAUGGAAUGUGCUUCUAAAUCAGCCAAAAAGAAGUACUUAAGAUAUUUGUAUGGUAAGGAAAAGUUGAAAAAAGCUGAGCAAAAAAAGAAGGCAAUAAAAGCAGAGGCCAGGGAAGAAGCCAAAAAGGCCAGGUUGCUAGAAAGCACUGAGGAAGAGCAACGGGACUUUAUGUUUCUUCGCCUCUGGGACCGAAAGAUGAGCGCUGCAAUGGGUUGGAAGGGUGUCCAGGCUAUGCAGUUUGGACAACCUUUGGUUUUUGACAUGUCUUACGAUAAUUAUAUGAAAGCAAAUGAACUUCAGAAUGCUGUUUCUCAACUUUUAGAAAGUGAAGGGUGGAACAGAAGAAAUGUUGAUCCUUUCCACAUUUAUUUCUGCAAUCUCAAAACAGAUGGUGCUUAUCAUAGAGAGUUAGUUAAGCGUUAUGGAGAAAAAUGGGAUAAAUUGCUCUUAACAGCAACCGAAAAAUCUCCCAUUGAUUUAUUUCCGAAGGACAGUAUUAUAUAUUUAACAGCAAAUUCUCCCAACGUUAUGACUACCUUCAAGCAUGAUAAAAUUUAUAUAAUUGGAUCGGUUGUUGAUAAAAAUUCACAAACAGGCAUAUCACUAGCAAAGGCUAAACGGCUAAAUCUAGCAACGGAACGCCUUCCAUUAGAUAAGUAUUUACAGUGGAAUAUUGGUAACAAAAAUCUCACUUUAGAUCAAAUGAUCCGUAUUCUGCUCUGCAUGAAAAAUACUGGUAGCUGGGAAGAGGCCCUGAAGUUUGUUCCCAGGAGAAAGCAUUCUGGCUAUCUAGAGGUUACUCGGCAUUCUCAGGAAGUUUUCAGGAAACUGAAGAAAAGAUUUUAAGUUUAUUUCCAAAAGGCCUCUUAAAUGUACGCAUAUGGAAAAGGUGACCUAAAUGAGAAACCUAUAAUGUAGGAACUAAAUAGAUUGGAAAUGGUUAAAAUAACAUAUCUUCAUAAGUGGAAUUGUCCCUUAAAAGUAGUCUUUCCAGACUAACAUUUGUUUUUCAAGACAAGAUUUUUCUGUAGCCUUGUUUGUAUACAAGAGGCUGGCCUCCAACUCAGUGAUCUGCCUCCUUUUGCCUCCCAAGUAUUGAGAUUAAACGUGUGUACCACUGUC